AUGGCAUCUACUCGCCAGGUCGCCCGGCUAGUCGCCUACCGUCGCUCUCCCUUCACCCCGCUGGGCUCGACCGCAAACUUCUCGUCCUCGGCCUGCCGCGCAGCUACACCAGCCGGCCCCCCCCAGCCCGGCUUCCGUCUGCCCCCGCAGAAGACUUGGGAGAACGAUGGCGAAUCCGCCUUGAACAAGGCCUCCAAGUACUUCUUGCUCGCUGAGAUGUUCCGCGGCAUGUACGUCGUCAUCGAGCAGUUUUUCCGCCCACCGUACACUAUCCUGUACCCCUUCGAGAAAGGCCCCAUCUCACCCCGUUUCCGUGGUGAGCACGCUCUGCGUCGCUAUCCCACUGGUGAGGAGCGCUGCAUUGCCUGCAAGCUCUGCGAGGCCAUCUGCCCGGCCCAAGCCAUCACCAUUGAGGCGGAAGAGCGUGAGGACGGAAGCCGCCGGACGACCCGUUACGAUAUCGAUAUGACCAAGUGCAUCUACUGUGGCUACUGCCAAGAGUCCUGCCCCGUGGACGCUAUCGUCGAGACCUCCAAUGCCGAGUACGCCACCGAGACCCGCGAGGAGCUGCUCUACAACAAGGAGAAGCUGCUCGCCAAUGGCGACAAGUGGGAGCCCGAAAUUGCCGCUGCCGCUCGUGCUGAUGCUCCUUACCGAUAA